AUGGAAGAACCUGUACAUAUUGCUCAAGACUCCUUGUUCAGCACUAGCUCGGGUUGGACUAACUAUUCAGGGUUUUUCAAUCAUGCAUUUCUUUUACUUGUUAUAUCGAACGGCAGAGUUGCUCUUGAAAAUCUAAUAAAAUAUGGAAUACUAAUUUCUCCAUUGGAGUGGCUUAAUAUUCUCGACAGUUCUUCGCCUGGAAGUUGGCCAAAUUUGACUAUUGUACUUUGCUCAAAUGUUUCUAUAUUAACUGCCUUUUUUAUUGAAAAACUCCUUGCGCGUGGACUUCUAGAUAAUGCGUCCGGUGCUGUUGUGUAUGUUUUCCUUAUUGGUGCUCAUCUUGCCAUACCUCCAGCAGCGGUGUUAAAAAUAGGUCUAAAACGAGAGGAAACUAAAAAACCGGUAAAUGAUGCCAAUAACACAAUUGCUCAACUCCAAUACCCAAAUAACUUGACAUUGGGUAAUCUCUACUACUACAUGAUGGCGCCAACUCUUUGUUACGAAUUGAACUUUCCACGGACACCAGCAAUAAGAAAGACAUUCAUUAUUAAAAGGAUUACAGAGUUGAUCUGCUUUUCUUUUGUUGGUGUUGCUCUUUGUCAACAGUGGGUGAUUCCUUUGGUAAAGAAUAGUUUGGCACCAUUUUCUCAACUUGACUUAAAACGAUGCAUUGAACGAGUUUUAAAGCUGGCUAUCCCUAACCAUCUUAUAUGGCUCAUGUUCUUUUAUCUUUACUUUCAUUCUUUCCUCAACCUAAUUGCGGAAAUAAUGCGAUUUGGUGAUCGUCAGUUCUAUUUGGACUUUUGGAACUCAGAGUCUGUGAGUGUGUUUUGGAAGACAUGGAACAUUCCUGUCCAUCGCUGGGCGCUCCGGCACGUUUACAGGCCUUGCGUUCGCAACGGAGUAAGUCGCAAUGUCUCCGCUCUUGUCGUUUUUAUUAUAUCGGCUUUCUUUCACGAGUAUUUGAUAUCCAUCCCGUUGAAAAUGUUUCGCCUCUGGGCUUGUGCUGCCAUGCUUCUACAACUUCCGUUGGGAAUAGUGACUGAUCGAUAUGUGAGAGGUGGUAGAGCUGGGAAUAUUAUUGUUUGGCUUUCGCUUAUUUUGGGUCAACCGAUGGCGAUUCUGAUGUACGUCCACGACUGGUAUCUAUACAAUCACCCGGAAGCAACCAUUCGCACUUGA